GAAAAAAAGGUACAGCCUUUUUAAUAAAAAAAUAAAAAGGAGAAAAAAAAUAGAGAAGCGAAGUUGCAAAAGGCGGGAACGGAUAAGAUAACAAAAACGAGGCCCCGCAAAAUCGCGCUCCGUUCUCCAAUGGCCGCCGCCGCCGCCGCCACCACCACCUUCCUCCCUCCACUCCCGACUCCACGCCCCCGCCUCGCCGCCACCGUCCGCCGCCCUCCUCCCAUCUUCACGGGCGCCGCCAAUGCCGUGCCCCUGCCGGAGGACGAGGACUCCAGCGACGACGACGACGGCGACGCCGCCGCGCCGCGCAGGAGCGCCCGCAAGGACCGUCGCCGCGCGGUGCGCAUCGCGUGGGAGAAGCUGGUCCGGUGGUCCCGCUCCUGGCGCCGCCGCAACCGCAGCGACGUCCUCGAGACCACGCGCAAGGUGGUGGUUCUCGGGGGAGGGUCGUUCGGGACGGCCAUGGCGGCGCACGUGGCGGCUAAGAAGGCCGACCUCGAGGUGUCCAUGCUGCUCAGGGACGACCUCGUCUGCCGGUCCAUCAACAACAGCCAUAUCAAUUGCUUGUCAUUUUACUGCAGCAAAUACUUACCAGAACACAGAUUGCCAGAAAAUAUUGUUGCAACAACAAGUGCUGCUGAUGCUUUAGCAGGAGCUGAUUUCUGCUUCCAUGCUGUUCCGAUUCAGUUCAGUUCAUCCUUUCUUGAAGGUAUUUCAACACAUGUUGAUCCAAAGUUGCCAUUCAUAUCACUUAGCAAAGGGCUGGAACUCAAUACCCUUCGGACAAUGUCUAAAAUCAUCCCACGAGCAUUGGGAAAUCGACGCCAACCAUUUAUUGUUCUAUCAGGACCUUCUUUUGCAGUAGAACUAAUGAGCAAAUUGCCUACAGCAAUGGUGGUGGCAUCUAAAGACAAAAAGUUGGCAAGUUCUGUUGAGCAGCUAUUAGCUUCCCCAAAUUUGAGGAUAAGCACAUCAAGUGAUGUUACAGGAGUGGAAAUUGCAGGUGCGCUGAAGAAUGUUCUCAACCGUCCAUGUUUACAUAUAAAUUCUUUUCAGAUAGUAGUAUAUGAUCCUAUUAUGUGGUAUAAAAGUGCUCUUUUAUACGGUGCCAUUGAACACCGAAAAAAAUCCGAGGCUGGUUUCGUGCCACAGAUGGUUACUGUUAGUCGUCAGUUCUUGUUCUGCAAUUCCAAAACAGGAUGUUUCGAAGACGUGUAAUUUCGAGUUCACAAAGAUAUGGAAU